UUUUACCCAUUCAUUUUGGUAUCGGAAGAAAAACAAACCCUAGCAUUUCUCUCUCUCUCUCUAGAUAAACAAAAGGAAAAGAAAAAUACAUAUAUUGUAAAAGGUUUUGGGAAAAAAUUAAAAUAAAUAAAAGAUAGUGAAUCAAAUUAGGGCUUCAAAUCGAAGCUGAUCUUCUCUCAUCCCCUUUUUCUCCAAUUUUUUUUCUUCUCAAAUUAGACGCUUAUGAUGCUCGAUCUCCACUUUCUUCAAUGACGUGGUCACCGCAACUCUGAUUUCAGAUCUGAAUGGCACAUGAAAGCAAGGGUCGCUGUGUUUGGUUGAUCGGAUUGAGAUAUUGUUGAUGGAAAAUAAGAAAAAGAAGUCUGGUGGUAUUGAAAUUCCUAAGAAAAACCGUUCUUUGGAUCUCAAGAGCCUGUAUGAAUCUAGGCUAUCUGAAGUGGCAGAGAGUAAGAAGAAAGUUUGUGAUGAAAAUAAUGCAGGAUAUAUUAAUAAGAAGAAGAGGGGGAGUAGAAAAGAAGUUCAUUUGAGUAAUUUCGAGUCUGAUGCUAAGAAAAGUAGGAAAGAUGAUACAAAACCGGAGCUAGGUCUUAGGCAAAGAUCAAACACCAGGAGUGAGGGGUUGCAUGGCAUCUCGUUAGCUUUGGGUGAUAAUGGAAGUUCGUUUAAUAUACCAAAGCGCCCACGUGGUCUGGUGGGGCGGAGAAAGUUGGAAAGUGAUCAAGGUUCGAAUCAUUUGAGACUUCCCAAUUCUGUUGACCGUGAGAAAACAUUGAAAACCGAAGCUAUUAAAUCUGAUGGUCCCAAUGAUCGAUCAGUUCGGUUAGUUGCACCUUCCACAGAUAACUGUGGUGUUUCAAAUUCAAAACCUGCGGUGAAAGUUAAUGGUUCGUCUGCCAAAUUAAAGCAGAAGGCUGGUUUAAAAUCCACUGAGAAUUCCAGUAGUUCAACAGUAAAAUCAGAGCAGAAGGUGGAAGUUGAUAAAGUUAAGGAAAAUAGAAAUAGUCGGUCAGAUUCAGUUCGGCCUGUAGUGGAAGAAUGUGAAAAUGUUGUAAAUAACAGAGAUAUGUCGCCUAAAAAGCGGCGGAGCAGUAGUCGGAGGAAAAAUAAUUUAAUAGCUGUUAGAGAUGGUGGUGAAGCCUCAACUAAGAGACCAGAGCCUUCUGUCGGAAGUUCGGUUUCGAACAGUCCCUUCCCUGAUUCCCUAGACGAUGAUGACGAUGAUGAGGAGAACCUUGAACAGAAUGCAGCAAGGAUGCUUUCAUCUCGAUUUGAUCCAAGUUGUACUGGUUUUGCGGCAAAGAGAAAAUCGUCGGAUUCUCAGAUGGCGGAUGGAUUAUCUUUUCCAGUUUCAUCUGCUCGGGUCUCUUCCAGUAGAUAUGCUAAGUCAUUGGUUGGUGGGGAGUCUGCAUCUCCUGAUGAUAAAACCAGAUCACUUAGACCCAGAAAAGAAGAUAAAGGCAAGGGAGUAUCAAGGAAACGCCGUCAUUUCUAUGAAAUUCUUGCCAGGGACUUGGACCCGCACUGGUUUUUGAACAGGAGAAUUAAAAUCUUUUGGCCAUUGGACGAGAGUUGGUAUUAUGGACUUGUGAAUGAUUAUCACUCGGGAUCUGAGCUUCAUCACAUAGAAUAUGAUGACAGAGAUGAGGAAUGGCUUAAUCUUCAAGGAGAGAAAUUCAAACUAUUGCUCCUCCCCGAUGAGGUUCCCAACAAAGUGAAAUCUAGAAAACAACCUACAGGGAACAAAGAUUUAGGUAGAGGACAAAUAGUUCCACCGACAGAUGAUGUUAGCUGCACAGGGGACUAUCUUGAUUCAGAGCCCAUUGCAUCAUGGCUGGCCAGUCAAUCUCAGCGUGUCAAAUCGUUGUCAAAAUCUUUAAAAAGAGAAAGGAGUUCAGAAAAACACCUGCCUUUGGUCUCUUCAUUGUCAUCUGAUGUUAACUCGAAAAGCAACAUGGAUGACUCAAAAUUAACUAGAAAUGAGCCAGUUUGUGAAUCUCCAUCAAAGGAAAAUAGACUGUCUUGUGGAACGGUUGAUAAGUCUCAGUUGGGAACUGCCAGCAGCUCUCAAAGUGGUUUGCGUGCAGUUUAUGUCAGAAAGAAGUUUCAAAAGAAAGGCGAAGGAGAUAUUUCUGGGUCUAGAGAUGCCAAAGGUGGAAGUUCUCCAUGUACUGUUACUCCUCUCACCCCUGUUGCUGUUGGCUUGCCAACUACUAAAGAUGGUAAAUUUGACCGUGGUUUUUUGGACCCCGACAAGGAACUAUGGUCAGUUGAUAAAGGUUACAUACCGUUACAUGAUGUGCUUCUGGAGUCUAAAGGAUUAUGUUUCCAGAUAUGCCUACCAGAAUUACCAUUUCUGAAGUUUUCUUGUGGAAUAGGGGUGUCUUGGCUGCUUCAUGAAAUAUUUAUGCUUCAACACGGGGCAGUUGUGACUACCUCUCCUGCUGUUACGCUGGAGAUGCUUUUCAUUGAUAGUAAUUUUGGCUUGAGAUUUCUCUCAUUUGAAGGCUGCAUGAAUCAGGCUUUAGCCUUUGUCUUCCUAAUCUUGACCGUUUUCAGUGAAUCUGACGAACACUGGACCGGGGACGUAAAAUUACCUGUGACUUCAAUAAGGUUCCAGCUUUCCAGCGUUAGAGAUCUGGGGAAACAUCAUGUAUUUGCAUUUUACAGCUUUUCCAGACUACAAAGUUCAAAGUGGCUUUACCUGGACUCCAAGAUUCUGCAACAUUGUCUUCUUGUAAAAAACCUACCUGUCUCAGAGUGCACUUAUGACAACAUAAAGGAAAUUGAAUCUCGGAGCUUUCAGCAAUGCAAACCGCGUGUUGGUUUAAAGCUCUCAUCAAAUAAGGGUGUCAAGAAGAAAUUUUUGCCAGGCAUUUUGCCAAUGGGUGUUUCCAGAGAACCCAGCAAAACAGCGAUGAAUCAAUCUGCUUAUAGUGUGGCUCUAAAGCCUGGAAAAGUUCCUCAAUUUGCUCUCUCCUUUUCCGCUGCACCAAGUUUCUUUCUCACUCUGCAUCUCCAGUUAUUCAUGGAUCAUAGUCUUGCUCUGGUCAACCUCCAACAUCAGAAUUCACUUUGCUCAGCAAAAAGUUCAGAAAAUAGGGGUGAACCAGUUGCAGAAUCUUCCGAGUAUGAGCUUAACUCCAUCGCUGUUCAAGAUGUCACCGUUGAACAUGCUUUGGGAGUGGCUGAUGUAUUGGUAGGCAAUGCUGCUGAAAACACUGAGUCUACUCAGAAACUUCAGAAGGGGAAUCCAGGUGAUGAUGGAACGGCUGGAUGUUUCACAGAAUUUACUGAAAUUUCUGCACCUGAAGUUAUUGCUCAAUCGCAUCAGGAAGUGCAGGAACAGAUUGUUGUAUCUGCAUCUACAUCUCUGCCACCAUCUACCACAUCUCGACCCCCCUAUCCCAAGAGUAAUUCAGCAUCAGGUGCCUUGAGUGUUGACAUUCCAUCUUCUGAACAAGUUGAUACGCCAUUUGCUGGAAACGGAUGUAUAUCCAGACAUACCUCUGUUGUGGGUUGGAAUGUACAUGAUGGCUUUGUUCCCAGCCCCAGCCCUACUGGUGGGAAGCCAAACUUCAUGCCCAAUGGAUUCAGUAAUGGACCGAAGAAGCCACGCACUCAGGUUCAAUACACGUUGCCUUUCGUAGAUUAUGAUUCUAGUGCCAAGCGGAAAAUGCCGAGCUCGAGAUCUCUACCUUGCAAACGAAUCAGGAGAGCUAGCCUGAAAAAGACAUCUGAUGGUUCCGAGAAUAACCAGAAAAACCUGGAAUCGGUAACUUCGAUUGCGAAUGUUUUGGUCACCUAUGGUGACAAAGGAUGGAGAGAAUGUGGGGCACAUAUUGUCUUGGAAGUUGCUGAUCAGAAUGAAUGGAGACUGGCUGUCAAACUCUCUGGGGUAAUCAAAUACUCGUGUAAAGUCAAACAUAUUUUGCAGCCUGGGUCAACAAACCGGUACUCUCAUGCUAUGAUGUGGAGGGGGGGAAAGGACUGGGUACUGGAGUUUCCAGACCGGAGCCAGUGGAUGCUUUUCAAGGAGAUGCACGAGGAGUGUUACAAUCGGAACAUGCGUGCUGCUUCUGUCAAGAACAUCCCUAUUCCUGGAGUUCGGCUGGUCGAGGAAAGCGAUGAUUGUGGAACUGAAGUCCCCUUUGUUCGGAGUUCCAAGUAUUUUCGGCAGCUUCAAACUGACAUUGAAAUGGCGAUGGACCCCACACAUAUUUUGUAUGACAUGGAUAGUGAGGACGAACUGUGGUUGAUGGAAAAUCAAAAUUUUACUGGCAAACAAAAAUCUGAAGAGAUAUCUGAGGAACUUCUCGAAAAGGCAAUAGACAUAUUUGAAAAAGUUUCAUAUGCUCAGCGUCGUGACAACUUCUCAGAUGCUGAAAUUGAGGAGAUUGUGAUUGGAAUAGGGCCAGUGGGGGCUGCUAAAGUCAUAUAUGAACACUGGCGACAGAAGAGAGAGAAACUGGGCAUGCCUUUAAUAAGACAUUUGCAGCCUCCUCUUUGGGAGAGGUAUCAAAUACAGCUGAAGGAGUGGGAGCGCGAUGUUGCUAGACGCAAUUCUGCCUUUUCGAUCGGUAGUCAUGAGAAGGUUCCUCUUCCCGAAAAACCACCUGUCUUUGCGUUCUGUUUUAGACCACGCGGAUUAGAUGUUCCAAAUAAGGGUUCAAAACAACGCUCUCACAGGAAACUUCCAGUUUCCGGACACCACCAUACCUCCCCAAGGGAACAGGACAGUCUUCAUGUUUUUGGGAGAAGAUCAAAUGGACAUGCUUUUGGAGAUGAGAAGGUAUUAUACGCAAACAAUGUCCACGAUACUUCUGAUAUUUCACCUUCAAUACGGGCAUCAAGAAGGGUGUUGUCUCCACGAGAUGCACAUUUCUCGUUGAACAGUGCUGUGUCUGAGUGGAAAGGUAAGCCGAAGAUUUAUAAGCACAAGUCGAAGAAACUUGGAUCGUACCCUUCUUUCCGCAAGCAACAGGCGAUGAUGUCAUACAAGAGGACAACAGAGAACGUAAACGGAGUUCAGCAAUGGAACAUGGGCCCACCUGAGUUGACCAGUCAAAUGCACUACUAUUCCGAACGGCCCCGUCGGCAAACGGUAGAGCAACAGCUUAACGGUUCAGAUCUUUACGAGUUUCAGUUACGCGAUGCAUCAGGUGCUGCACGUCGUGCAGUUAAAACGGCUAAAGUGAAGAGGGAGAAGGCUCAGAGACUGCUCUAUAGAGCAGAUUUAGCUAUGCACAAAGCUUUGGCUGCUCUAAUGACUGCAGAGGCAAUCAAAGAUUCUUCCGAGAACUUGAAUGCUGCCAAAUUAGAAUAAUCGGUUGUGAUUAUGAGGAAAAAUAACUGUCCCCAUCAGCUGAGGGCACAUGAAGUUGAAUGUCUAUUAUACCCUUUCGAUAAUAUGAAGUGCUCUGUAACAUGAUGACUGGGCUGAUAUUGGAGAUGGCUACUUUAUGCCGAGUUUGAUACAUGGUCUAUUUUAUCCCUAAGGAGCAGGCUUCUUCAAAUUUUUCGUGUCGAAAAUGAAACUCCAUUGACGCAUUGUGCCUGUGAGGGGAGUGUGGAGAGUUUUGGAUGCGGAGUCGCUGUGCCUGUAAAUAAUUUUCUUAGCUGUUCUUUAUCCUUGUUCUAGUUCAUCGGUUAAUCGUUUAGAUAGGCGCAAAUAAUACCCUACCUGUUUCCUUUUUUUUUUUUUUUCUUUUUUUGGCAUUAUGAAUUCGAGAUUAAUCCUUCGAGGAGAGACAUUGUUGUAUUAAGCGGAGAACUACAUACAUAAAAUGGCAAUGGAGAGGAAAUUUAUGCUGUAAAGUAAAUUGUUUUGUAGGGAAUUCCUAAUGAGUGAUGUUAGUUUCAAACUCCUUGUGAUGAAAAUUGCUUUUGUUUGUUCAGUUGAGCUGGAUUGCUUUUCAG